GCGAUAACAGACUGUGUUAACGUUAUAUCAACAAUAAAUAAUAAAUUGACCCACGGGUUAUUGAAAGGACAGUUCGUAACAUAGAAAUCGAUCCUAUUUAAGGUCCGAGCGAUGUCCAUAAUAAUACAAUGUACAAAUAUACAAAUCCCAUAGUUACCCCAUUUCUCUUUAAUAUAUUCGGAUCGGCAAUUACCGCAUAAUACAGAAGUAUAAUAUCAGCGUUUCAAACAAUUGAAACGAACGUUGGCUUCCUACAUGAACGUUCUCUUUCACCGCGUUAGAUUAAUACCCAGGUACCUUCCUAAGAAUCAUCAGCUUCGAAUAUCAUACUCUGCGCUCGACUGGAUUAAAUCUACAGGCGUAAUUGACGCCCUUCGGCGAGCCAAUGACAAGAAAAUGGAGUCUGCGCCUGGGAACAAGCCAAAACCGUUAGAGAGAUCGUAUUUGUCUGCAGCCGUCGAAUCAAUCUCACCAUGGGGAGGUUCGCGAGCAUCUACUCCCAAACCUACAACGCCCACCUUUUCGGGAGAAGGUUCAGGAUUAAAGAAUCAACAUGGCGGGGACCACAGCACAAACCAUUGGCAUGGAUGGAGCACUAAGAAUUACCCCCAAGAUUGUCCUCCGCUGAAUCCACGAUGGUACCAUGCUGUCGACAUUCCCAAAAGAAAACCCAAGAUUCUCAAGGCCAAUCAAGAAGAAACCAAACCUACAGCCCCUCCCAAGAAAUUCGUUACAUUUUCCGAACACGAUUCUCGCGCAAUAGAAGCUGCGUAUCAAAAGCUUGUCGAGGACUACGAUAAUGGAAGAGAUCCGCGAUCGAGAGCCCAGAGUGGUAAUUUGGAACAGACCUCGGGGAGUGCGGGCGAGAAAGGAAAUACGAGUAUCAAUGAAGCUGGGAACAAUGAAGAGGCUGAUAGAAGUAUUAAGAUUCCUGUGCAUGAGGAUUUCUUAUUCGAUGUCGAUAUUGAAAAGAGAGAACUUGCGCCGGUAUAUUGGCUUGGUGCGAUAUUUGAUGUUCGCAGAGGUAGUUGGUUCUAUCAAGAGGGUGCAGUUCUCAAACCCUGUGAGGAGAACCUGGCCACGCAACUUGAGGAAGGAUACCUGAAAGUAAAACCAUUUCGCUAUCCUAAACCUCCCGAGAAAAGUACUGUCAGGCCAUUGUCUAUAAAAACGGGAGAAGAACCCAGAUCAUUGGCUCGCAGUGGUGCUUUUGGGAGCAAACGUAAUGGCUCUCCCUCUGUGACCCCAAAAGGCUCGGCGGAGAAUUUGAGAAUGCCACAACAGGCUUCUGACGAUGGUAGUAUAUCCAAGGACUCGCCACCACCCCACCAACCUCAAACCCAUCGCUUAUUUGGUACAUACAUGAAUUCUGUUGUUACUUACCAAGAUGAGAAUGUAGCCUGGAUCUCAACUGAUAACAUCAUGUCUCGGGUUAGUAGCACCGUGUAUCAAAAGUUUGCUGGCGGUGGUUACCUGGGAGGUGUCAAGGUCGUUCGUGGAUAUUCGGAACCAGGUAAAACGAAAGACACAACAUCUGCCGACAAAGAUAAGACACCAAAAACUCCUACCAGCGCCGCUGCUGCUGCUUCGACUACUCCAGAGUAUCUCCAGCUUGACGAUCGUCAGCAAAAAUUACUCAAACGGCGGUCUGCGCCUCCUAGCACAAGCAACUCUAAUGUUUCGCCAGAAGAUAAUAGUACUGAGAUUCGAGAAGCAGCGUACAACAAACUAAAUUCUAUAGAUGUGGAUGCAGAAGCUGAAGCUGUGAGGAAACGUGAUGAGAAGGAAAUGCAGAAUGAUUAUAAUGAUCGAGACGAUGAGAAUCAAGGGCGUGAUAUUGAGCAUUUAAUUCUAGUGACGCAUGGUAUUGGUCAACGCUUAGGUAUGAGAACUGAGAGUGUUAAUUUCGUCCAUGACGUAAACGUUCUUCGGCAAACACUCAAAAACGUGUACGAGAAUUCUGCCGAUUUGCAAGCUCUAAAUGCGGAGAUUGAUAAACUGCCUAAAAAUUGUCGUGUCCAAGUUCUACCUAUCUGCUGGCGUCAUUUACUUGACUUUCCUCGCAAAGGUGUCAGACAAAAUCGUAAAGAGCAUGAUCUUGGUGAUGCAUUUGGCGAGGAGGAAGAAUAUCCAAGCCUUGAUGAUAUCACUGUGGAGGGUGUACCAUUCGUUCGCUCUCUCAUCACUGAUCUUGCUCUCGAUAUUUUACUGUACCAGAGUGCUUACAGAGAACAUAUCAGCAAUAUUGUUCUUACCGAGGCAAAUCGAAUCUAUAAUCUUUUCCGGGAACGAAAUCCAGAGUUCUCAGGGAAGGUCAGUUUGGUAGGCCACUCUUUAGGAUCUGCAAUCUUAUUCGAUAUUCUUUGUCGCCAGAGAGAAACCAAGAAGCGUAAUGCAAGCUCUUCGCAUUACAAAAACCGGUCUGCCCCAUCGACAUCGUCACAUAGUAAGAGUCUUGAAUUUGAAUUCGAUGUCGAGGAUUUCUAUUGUCUGGGAAGUCCAAUAGGAUUAUUUCAAAUGUUGAAAGGAAGAACUAUUGCUGCUAGAAAUCGCGUAGAAUCAUUACCAUCGGAGAGCCCAAUGGAUAUAGACUCUAUGCAGGACCCAUUUCUUGGAGCUAGCUCAGGUGCGGGCUUUCCAUCUGGAGAACAUAUUUCCAGUACUACAGGACUGCCAUAUUCGAUUUCUAGUCCUAAAUGCGCUCGGUUAUACAAUAUAUUCCACCCAACAGACCCAAUCAGUUAUAGGCUUGAGCCUCUUAUUGCUCCUGCAAUGUCAUCUAUGAAACCUCAACUACUACCUUAUACCAAGAAGGGUAUAUUCGGUGCAAACAUGAAUCAAGGAAUCACUGGAAUUGGAGCAAAAGUAGGGCAAAGUGUCAGUGGAUUAUGGUCUAGUCUCAGCUCCGGCAUUGCAAGUAGUCUCCUCAAUCGCAGUCUCGGUCUUACAGGCGAAGAUGUCGAAAGAAUGCAAGCAUCGAAUUCAUCAAGCAUCAAAGGACAAUCUGCAGGCGCGGGAACCAAUAUAGCAGCAGGAGUUAUCCCAGACCAUCCUACGCUCCAGAGAGAAAAUACUAGUGAGAAGAUGAGACAACUUGCGGAGGAUACGGCGGCUGCAGAUAGAGAUGGCAUGGGUACGGCGCCUACGUUGAUUGAUGAUGAGAUCGAGACGUUGUAUGCUGGAUUUCAAAAGCGCAGGAAGCAUGAUAUACCUGAGACUGAUAGGGUGGAAUUGGAAGAGAAAGCUAGGAAGCUGAAGAGAGAAGAGGCGAAAGUGAGAGCGUUGAAUAAUAAUGGACGCGUGGAUUUUAGCAUUCAAGAGAGCGUACUAGACUUCAACCCAAUCAACACCAUCGCCAGCCAUCUCUCCUACUGGGCCGACGAAGACGUAUCGCAUUUCCUCAUCGGACAACUUCUCUCGCGUCAUCGCACCGUGGCUCGCUUGAAUAGCUCGAAUAGUCCUAGGGAAAAGGAUAGUUCCAGUACUACUACUCAUAAGAGUAAGAGGAAAAUAUGAAAGAGACGUGAAAAUAUAACGAAAUGAAAGUGAACAUGAAGAAGAAAAAAACCUCCCUGCUACUGCUGGAUGACGGAAGAAAGAAAUAAAAAUGGAGAAUAAGAUUCUGUAUGAAUAUUUCGCUUGCCAGCCAUCUCAUCACAUCACAUUACAUCACAUUACAUCGCAUCUCGCAGCAAUACAGUACAGCACAAUACAAGUCAAUUCAACCAAAACAAAACAAAACAUUCACCUACACGACCCUCAAACCCAGCCAGCACUCAAGACUCUUUCUUUCUUUGUUUCUUUUCUUCUUUCUUAUCCUAGACUAGACUCCUAUCAUAUCAUAUUAGACUAGCUUCCAUUCUCAGAAGGAGAAAGAACUGGAAAAAAAAAGAAGAUCAUCGAAAAAGAACGAAGAAGUAAAGAGCAAAGGGCAAACGGCAAACGGCAAACGGCAAAGAGGAAGAGGAAGAAGAAGAGAAAAAAGGAAAGGGGAAAAAGGGAGAGGAGGAAGGAGAGACACUCAAGAACUAGGCGUCAUAUAGUGGUGGUGUGGUGUAUGCUUUACAGAUGGGAUGGGAUGAGAUGGGAUUCAGGCAUAUUUGGGAUUUGCAUCAUGUCAUGUCAUGUUGUUCUUUCAUGUUAUUGUGAUGUAUAUAUUUGUUUGUAGGAAAUAUCAUUUUGGCCGGGGAAGAUAUUCAUUGUUUGACAUGAAGUGGAUGGUGGAUGGAUAGAUGGAUUAUAGGAUACAAUUGUACAACUAGGCAACACGUUGAUGCAAAAAGCACAUUCACAAUUACUAAUAAGUGAGGCCA